AUGUGUAAAUUUCACAUCCUCAAAUACAAGAUUGAUGAGGAGAGCGAUGAUCCACCUUCAUCGAGUGACACGUUCCGUCUCGCUGUGAUCCGGACAGAGCAGCUCCACACACCAGACAGCCAAAACACAGACAGUGAGUCCACAUCUGCUCUCUUCUCUGUUCAACACUUAUACCAUAAGAAGUGCAUUGAGCCAUGGCUGCUGGAACACCCCACCUGCCCCAUGUGUAAAUUUCACAUCCUCAAAUACAAGAUUGAUGAGGAGAGCGAUGAUCCACCUUCAUCGAGUGACACGUUCCGUCUCGCUGUGAUCCGGACAGAGCAGCUCCACACACCAGACAGCCAAAACACAGACACUCUUGGACGUCCAUCAGACAGUGAGCCGGAGAUUCAGACACAACACAUUUAUGAGAACCUUGCAUUUGAAGAAGAAGCCGAGAGAAUGAAGCAUCAGGACAUCAACAGCCAGGAUUGACACUACUGUAAUAUAACACUACUGUUUCAAAUAGUUCUGCAUUUGAGCAUCACCAACAGACGAAAUGUGUGCAAAGUGUCAAAAGAAGAGACAUAUCAACAAAAAAAGAGAGUGACGAUAAUGAAAUAAAAUAAUAGUAAACCUAGAAUCGGAUGUUCAAAGUGUGACAGACUAUUUAAUAAUAAUUGUAUAUUGUUUAAUUAAUGGAGAUGUCACAGCUUCACUCAAUUUUCUGAAAACAUUGCUGCUUGCAUAACUGUCAUGCACUCAGUAAAG